AUGGCAGACCCUCGCAUCCCCAGCGCCGACGACCCCGCGCCCUGCUGGGCACCGCAGGCACCAGGACCCAGCCCUGCCAAGCGCCGCCGCCUCCAGGAGCCCGCGCACCCUGAGGCCCUGGCCGACCUGGAAGCCCCAGGCCAGCCCGCCGCCGACGCCGACGCCGACGACGACGAAGAGCUCACCUCGGUGGUGUUCCUGCCCGCUGGUUCUACCCUGCAGCUUCCCCGGGAUGACAUCGACCUGCUGCUGGAGCCGGAUCCCAUCUCGGUCCUGAAAGUGUCGCUCCAUGGACACACCAUCAUCCUAGCUCCCGAAGGCCUCCAGACCGCCGCCCAUCAUGGACAGCCUGGGUUCUCGCCCACCAGCCUGCAGGAAUCCUUCUUUAGGAUGAGGACUCUCACUUCCUGA